UUUGUUGCUGUGUUCCGGGAUCUAUAUCCCAACUUGGAAACAGGCGCUCGGCGAGAGCUACUGUAAAUUUGGUGUUGUUGUGGCACCAAAGCCUCAGAAAGACUAUCGUUUAUGUGAUUUAUGAGAUGUCGCGUGACAGAAACGCGCGUCGUCGUCGUCGGUAAAGUCAGAGCGCUGGACAAUGCUAACCGGUUAGCUCAAGGUGGUUGCUAGCUGGCUAAGGAAGUUAGCCAGUUAGCUAGCAAUCCGCCUGCCGGAGGCUGUUCUCUUGUUUCGCGCAUUUCAAGUCUGUUAACCGCCCUCACCAACUGUUUAACCUGUUCCUCAUCGAGAGCGUUAAGCCGGAGUUUCGCCAAUGACAGAUAUAAAAGAGGAGAAACUUUACAAAUCGUUGUGUAAAAUGGGGAGUAGGCGGUGUUUCUCCUGAGCGGCUGAUUUUUCUGCCACUGCUGCUCUUUUGUUUUCACAAAGGAAGAGGAGCCGCAUUUCUUUAUCAUUUUACACCACCUCGCAUUUGGUGGUGGGAGAGUUUCUUUGAUCUUUCUCUUAUUUUUUUCACUGUUGUAAUGGCUCCUCACAAGCAGAGCCAUCCGGUGGGCUUGGGCUCUGGAGGUAAACCCAAUGGGUUGUACCACCACCAGCCGUCCUCCGCCUCGAUGGCUGCAGCCAAGAAGCCCAACAUGCAACUUAUUCAAGCCGACCACGAGUUGUUCCUGCAGGCCUUCGAGAAACCAACCCAAAUCUACAGGUUUCUCCGCACAAGAAACUUGAUAGCUCCCAUCUUUUUGCACAGGACACUCACUUACAUGUCCCACAGAAACUCAAGGAAUAACGUCAAAAGGAAAAAUUACAAGGUUGACAAUCUUCUGUUCAAAGUGGAGAAGAUGAGAGGGGAACAGGAGACUCACAGCUUGGCCUCCAAUCUUCAGCUCACCUUUACUGGCUUCUUCCAUAAAGCUGGAAAACUCUCUCAGGACAACGAGAACGAGCAGAACUCGGUGUCUCUGGAGGUGCUCCUGGUCAAAGUCUGCCACAAGAAGAGGAAGGACGUGAGCUGUCCGGUGAAGCAGGUCCCCACGGGAAAGAAGCAAGUCCCUCUGAACCCAGACACGAGCGCCGGGGUCCAGGCCAAGCUGAGCUCCUACCCCUCCCUGCUGGUUCCCAGCAGCGAGUUUGAACCCAGCAACUCUCACAUGGUCAAAUCUUAUUCGCUGCUCUUCAGAGUGUCACGCCCCGGGCAUCCACGAACACAGAUCAACGGGCUUGCUAAUGGCGAGAUUCACCACAGCAGAGACUUUUCAGAAGAAGCUGUGAACAGGAAAAGGAGGAGCUCUGCUCUCAGGGAGGAGGGAGAAACCACAUUUGUAGCUCAGAUGACAGUCUUUGAUAAAAACAGGCGUCUGCAGUUAUUGGACGGCGAGUACGAGGUGUCCAUGCAAGAGAUGGAGGAGUGUCCCGUCGGUAAGAAGAGGGCGACCUGGGAGACCAUCCUAGAUGGAAAGCGUUUGCCUCCGUUUGAGAGUUUCUCUCAGGGUCCGACUCUGCAGUUCACACUGCGCUGGACCAGCGACUCCGCCGAUCAUUCCACCGCACCCGUGGCCAAACCGCUCGCCACCCGCAACUCCGAAACCAACCAGGACACCCGACCCAGCACCCUGAGAGCCACGCACGCACCAGCUGUGAAAGAGUCGGUAAAUACAGAUGUUCAAACCAGAAGAGAACAAGUCUUAUCUGAGCCUCGACAGAAACUACGAAUCUUCUACCAGUUUCAAUACAACAACAACACACGGCAGCAGACCGAGGCCAGGGAUGACCUCCACUGUCCGUGGUGCACGCUGAACUGCAGGAAGCUGUACAGUCUCGUCAAACACCUCAAACUGUCCCACUCCCGCUUCAUCUUCAACUACGUGCCCCAUCCCAAAGGAGCAAAGAUUGAGGUCUCUAUCAACGAGUCUUACGAUGGGUCGUAUGCAGGAAAUCCUCAGGACAUCCACAGCCAGCCGGGCUUCGCCUUCAGCAGGAACGGCCCCGUGAAGAGAACCGCCGUCACCCACUUUCUGGUCUGCAGACCCAAGAGGACAAAGCCGAGCCUGUCGGAGUUUCUGGAGUCUGAGGAUGGCGAUCGGGAGGCGCAGAGGACGUACAUCAGUGGACACAAUCGCCUGUACUUCCACAGCGACAGCUGCCUGCCGCUGAGGCCCCAGGAGAUGGAAGUGGACAGCGAGGAUGAGAGGGACCCCGACUGGCUCAAAGAGAAGACUGUAAAGCAAAUCGAGGACUUCAUGGACGUGAACGAGGGGGAGAAGGAGAUCAUGAAGCUGUGGAAUCUGCACGUCAUGAAGCGUGGCUUCAUCGCAGAUAACCAGAUGAACGAAGCGUGUCUGCUGUUUGCUGAACACCACGCCGCCUUCAUCGUCAAACGCAACCUGUGCCGCAAUUUCCUGCUCCAUCUGAUCAGCAUGCAUGACUUCAACCUGAUCAGCACGCUGACCAUCAACCAGGCCAUGGCCCGGCUCUGCCUCGUCCAGAGCCAGGCCACCCACAGAGACAAAGAGGAGGACGACGAAGAGGAGGAGGAGGAGGACUGGGAGACGGCCGCGGAGUCCCAGCCGGAGCCGGAUCCUGACCCCGAUCCCGAUCUGACGGAGUUUAAAACCUGCAGUACCGAGACCGCCAACAGCUCCCUGGAGACUGGAAACCAACUGAUGGAGGACGGCGGCGAAAAGCCGCACGCCAAGCAGAAAUUGUCCGGCUUCGGCUCGGUUUUAAAGUGACUGCUCGGCUGGAGCGCCACAAAGAUUCCCGGACAGAGCGGGAAGACUGAGGCCUGAAUCAGCAAACAGGUGUUAGACACACUCGGGUUACUGCAGGGAUUCUCAAAGGCAGGUUACACCAGGAUCAAAAUGAACUUCACAUCCUGGAAGUUACACAUUCAAAUCGAAGAGACGCUUUAUGGUUUCACAGUUCAUCAACGCUGAGAUCUUUGAAUUAUUUUUUAAUUAUUUUCAUGUUUUUUCCAUGUUGUUUGUCCUGUUUCUGUAAAUGUUUGAGUGUUUAACUCUGAGCUGCUCCAGUUUUAUUUCCAGCCUGACACAGCUGUGGAGUGAGCACAAAGCAGGUUCGGUCUUAGGGCUGCAGGUGCAGAAGACGGUCGUACGCCUUCUGCAGAUGACGAGUUGCCUUCAAAAGAGGCGUCAACAUUUCAUGCAGCAGCUGCGAAUUCAAACAGGAGGAGAUGGGCCGUCUGCUCGGGACUGUUUUCAGCAGCGGAGUGAUCCGUAUUUGGUGCUCUCUUUGGUGCUACUUUGCCUCUCGAGACUCUUCGUUGGUGCGCUGAGUCAUUUUGUGUUCACUCCAUCGUUCAAACCUCAUGUCAGUCUUCCUCAGAGUGAAGCAUCAAUCAGUGACCUUCCGGGCACCCUCAGCUCCACCAAAGGUUUUCUUUUAGCAGGGAGUGUGUGCACAUGCUCAGUGGUGUCAAGGUUACGGCGUCUGAUUGGGUGUCAAGAGUGUUGCUGCAAAAGGAAAUUUGACCCGUUAUUAUCAAGUAAGGUCAGGGUUGAACCGCUGAUGGUCGGGAGGUGGCUGAUCACAACUCGAGACGCCUGUUAGAGCUGUUGCUAUCAGGUGUUUUUACCUGGAGACGCCACAAAGUUCGUAUUAACGUGCUUGUUAGCUCAAACACGAGACAAAAGUCUCCGAGCUUUCUUUGAUCGGGUCAAUCAGGAAGUUAAUCCUCAGGUUGGGUUAAUUUUUGGCAUCCAGUGAUCAUGAAAACAAGAUAAUAUUAAAUAAAUGGUUAGUUUUUGCUGCAAUGUUCUCGUUUUGUAUGGUUAAAGAUAAAGUGAAGACUUUUUUCCUUUGCAGGCGUUUUUCUCUCUUUUGCUGCUUUAGUUCAGCUCAAGCCGAGACGAUGAAAACUGACUCCUGCCAACGAGUUUUAUCUGGAAGUAAAAGGUUUUCGCUGGAUCGUUAAAGGUUCCAGCUUCCUCUGUGUCGGAUCUGAGGGUUUAUUGAACCUGUGACUCUGCUGUACUCGUGGGCACACCUCCCCUACAGUUAUGUUUUUCUUUAAACUACUGGUGCUAAAUGUUUUUACUCCUCAGUGCAUCUCCUUUCUUACAACAGAUCUCCACUGCCAGCUCUCCAACAACGAGAAGCAUGUUUAGUUGUCUGUUUCGUUUUUUUAAAGCGACUCUGUUUUUCCUACAGUGCUGUUUUUACCGUGCUCUGAGCCCAGGACAACAAAAAACACUUGCUGUGCAGCAAAACUGGACAAAAAAGCUCCUCAGAGCUCAGAGAGGCUUGGAAAGGCCACGUUCCUACUGUUGUAAUCUAAAAAAAAAAUUGAUAACUAUAGGGUUAAACUGUUUAUGCAGGUGCUGGUUCCAGUUUCUUUAAAAUAAGAAAUUGCUGCUUUAUUUUGAAAUUAUUAUAAACUGAAUAGUUUAAGUUUUGGACUGAUACAAGUUUGGCUGGUCUGUUUUGUGUUUGUUUGUUUGUUUUCUUUUAUUUGAUCAAUGAAAUUGUUUAAAAAAAAAAAAAGAAAAGAGACAAGAAACAAGAAAAGCCACUUAUAAAACGAAUGGUUCCACAGGGUUGUGAUGUCGCUGUAUGGUGUGGUGUUAAUGCAAUAUAAAUAAUGUUGCUCCAACCAAAAAAAACAUGUUUUGAUUAGGGGGGGAAAAACCACCUGGAAGUCUAAAGUUGGCUGGAGGAGGUGAGGGUGGAUGGAUCAAAUCCAGGCCUUUCACACAGGACGUUUGGGGUUUGAGUCCACCAUGAUGUGAAAAGUUAGUACUGAUUUAUCACUUUUAGACCAAGCGACAGACUCGGAGACUGAAAUAAGUAUGAAAAUGUGCAGUUCCUGUAGCGACCACCAGAGGCUCCUGCAGUGGAUCAGUCUAUGUUAAAAUGUCCAACUUUAAGAUGUUUAAAUAAACAUGUUUUCAGCCAGAUAUAAAAUAAAUAAAUACAUUUCUGGAUGGUUUCUUCCUUCAGAAAAACUGCACAGCUUAAAGUGGCCACUUUUACGUGGGUCAAACCAUCUACUUCAUGUAGAUGAUGUCAUCUCGCUUUCACAUUUAGGCUAAUGCUACGCAGCUUGGUUAGCACAUUUCAUAUCCAUAAAGUUGAUACAGCACACAGACAUGCAUGUCUGUUAAUUGGUGCUAAGAAACUCUCUAAAACUGGAUGAUUUUCCUUUUGCAUUUUUGUUUAUUAGAAUUAGUCAGGUCCAUGUUGACACAGGCAGCUGUAGAUGUUAGCUCCUAGGGUGCACUGUAUCCUUGCUAACCAAACUAGCUAGCAUUAGCUGAUAGCUUGGUACACCAGUUUUCAUCCAGUCUUUUCACUUCUGGCUCCAAAAAUCAACAUUGUUGGAGGCCAAACUGUGAAGUCCAGAAUCCAGCAGGUGAAGGCACAGUAACUUCGUCCAUCUUUUAGCUUUCUUUACCCCCACGAAUCUGCAAAAUUGUGACAUCACAACAGUGUGACUGGUCCUGGAGCAACAUUAAAAUGAUGAGGGGACACCAUGGCGGCACAUGUAGUUACUGAACACGCCCACUACACCUGUUAUAUAUAAAUGUAAAUAUGACUGUAAAAAAAACAAACGAUAGCUUUGUGAUAUGUAUGUUUUUGAAACUCAAACACCAUCAGUGACAUUUUAGUAGGUAUUUUUAGUUAAAGGACCAAAUUGGGAUUCAUUUCCUGCAGAUUUCUUUGCUCUUAUGUGUCCUGCGUCAUGUGACUCCUGGAUCCCUGCUGCCGUCAUUACUUUGACAUUUAACCUCGAGAACACGCCGGGUAAAGAUUAGAUAUGACAGACGAAUCGCACCGGGAGCAUUUCAGUCUCCACGGGCAAUUUUAUUUUGAAAAUUAAAACCGUGCUCCUGUAUAGACUGUAUAUGAAUGUUGGAUGCAUCUAUUGUGGACCCUCUGUGUAGGUUUUUCGCGAAACGACAGGAGUAGUAACUCCUGGAGUUCUUCCAUUCUCCUGCAAGAGGGUCCCAAAAACACUCGAGGGCGCUGCCACACAUUUGUAAAUGAAAAUAUUUCAUCACCCCACCCACUAGUAACAGAGUCAGGCAGUCCAGGUGCUGAUGUUUUACCCGUGCCAUUUUAGCCUAAAUGCAGUACGAGCCUCCAGAUGUGGGCAGCUGUGAGGCCAUGGGAGCAUAACGUCAGACAUGAUCAUUUGGAUGUAUUUAGAGCUUAUCGAUCUUUUUUGUGGUGUUUUAAAAAGCUUUAUGCCUGCUGGUGACUGAUCCAGCCUGCUGAAACCUGCAGAUCUGAAACCUUGUCUUUGUUCACGAGACCCAGCAGCGUUUUGCACAAUACGGGAGGAGCCGUGUGGGCCAAACGAGACUUUUCUUUAACAAUAAUGUAAAACUAGUUCGAGUCACAAUGGUUUUCUAUUAAAAAGGACAAUUUUGUAAUAA